AUGCAAUACGAGAUUGGGAAUGGCCGAAGGACGGGUGACGAGGACGACGAAGGAAACGAGGCAAACGAGGUCAGGACGUGUAUCGGAGUGUGCGCUGUUCGGAGCGUUCUGUGCGAAAGUGGUUCACUUCAGGAAGAGGAGAACGGACGAUCGGAGGUCGGCGAUCGGUCGGACAGACGGCAGUCGCAGCAGUUUUUAUCGACUGAGUGUGACGACGUCGACGGCAGCUCCGACGGGGGACACGCCGUUCGCUUUCUCGCUUUCUCGCUCGCUCUGUCAGUCGGUCGGUCGGUCGGUCGGUCGCUUUUUUGGAGGCUCGCCGUGAAGUGCGAUCGGAGGAGGUCGGACGACGCACACAACAGACAGACGACGCGUAGUUGGCGGUGGCGGCGGCGGUUUUGGCUUUGGUUCGUUUUCGACUUCGGUUUCGGUCGGUCGGUCGGUGCCGCCGCAUCUUCCUCGGCUUGCCUCCCUUCUCUGCUGUUGUCGUGUCCCCGUCUGUGCGCGUUACCCUGUUCUUGCGUUGCCGUUCGUGGCCUGAUGUGUUUGUCAUGUUGGCCGUCGCCUCCACCUCGCCGGUGUGCGAUGGUGGAGUUCGCGGUGGUCUUGGUCCUGUUCGCCACCGCCGUCGUCGCUGUCAGACCGCGGCUGCACAAUCAGACGAACACGGUCGCCACCAGCCCGGAUUCGCUUUCAUUCUACUUCUCGAUCCGCGAGAGCAACAGCCCGCAGUCGGUCCCUUGGGCGAAGUAUCCGCACACGCUAUUGCUCGGACGGCGCAUCUACGUCGACGUCAAGAUGACCGACGCACGAAACGCUCAGCCGCCUGAUCCCGAUUUUCGCCCACUGCCCAAGGAGUGCUAUUUCACGCGCACGUCUUCGCCCGCCAACGAAGACAAGUACCUGCUGAUCACUGCCGGGUGUCCAAGCGAAAGUUCAGUGAUCUUACACUACGGUGACCGUUCGGAACAGAAGAGCACGUUCAGCGUCGAACCACAGCGCCUGUACUUUGCGGCCAGCUUCAUGUUUCUUCACUGCAAAGCGACAGUAUGCUCGAUCUCGGGCGGCAGAGACAAGGACGCGGCUUGCAAGCCGAAUGCGCUGCUGUGGCUAGAGUUUAUGACGGACAUCGACUCGUCGGACAGGCAUUUCAGUGCCCGCGGCGGCGUACGACACAACACUGGCGGACUGCAGAACUACUCAAUGAUGUAUCACCCGUUGAUCGGUGCUUGGCACCGUGGAUUUCGAAGACGUCUGUGGUCUCGGUCACUAAGCAAUUUAGCCAUUGUUACUGCCCCGGAUGCACGUUUCAAACGGGUCUCCGUGGAGGAACAGAAACAGCUGUGUGAAUUGUUCGAUCAGCUCUGCGACCGUAUUACCGUAGUCAUACGAUAUCUCGCUGCUGCCUCAGUAACAAGUGACGAAAAGUAUGUGGAAAGGAUGAAAGCGUUGUCUUCACAGGUGCCGCACAAAUUUCUGUCCACUGGUCCAAUCCGACCAAUUAUACUGGACGAUUCCGAUAUCAGCACAACCGCCACCCAUCCUUAUGUGAAUAAAGCUUCAACUGCGAUGUGCGUCCCUUGCCCUGGUGCGCAACCGGCGCCGGUUUCGGCUGAACAGCAGCUGAUGUUCGUCAAAGGACUGACCAUUUCAUCUGUAUUUGUGAUAUCUUCAGCCGCCUUCGUAGUGGGCAUGCUUCUGAUGGGAGGCAUGUGGUACAUUUAUGAAGUAACAAAGCCGAACAAGGGUGAAAAGCAGCGGCGAAGAAACGCGGAAAGCGAUUCAACUUUGUCAACAGAGUCAGCAUUGCCAAAUACGCACUCGCUGCUAACCUCGAUUGACUUAUGA